AUGAAACUAAUAGCAUGGAAUUGCAGAGGCUUGGCCCGGGCCUCUGCGAUUCGCAGUUUACGGGCGAAGGUUCGAAAACACUCCCCUGAUAUUUUGUAUUUAUCUGAAACUAAAAUUCCGCCAUCUGCUGCUUGUUUUAUAUUGAAUGGUCUGGGGUUUUUUUCAAUGGUCCAUGCACCUCCUUGUGGUACUAAAGGAGGACUUGUGUUAGCAUGGAAAUUAGGGGUUGAUCUUGAGUGUUUUCAAAUCAAUGUAAAUAUAAUAAGUGCUUGGUGUUAUUCUGAUCCUCCAAAUAAUCGAUGGAUGCUCUCGUGUAUAUAUGGUUCUCCUUAUGCUUCGGGCAAACCUGAAUUCUGGGAUAAUAUGAUGCAAUUAGGUACUAAUUUAACAGUACCAUGGCUUUGUAUUGGUGAUUUUAACAUGAUAUUAUCCCAGCAAGAUAAGAUGGGUGGUUUACCGUAUGCAUCUUCUUCAACAGAUUCUUUUACUGAAUUUGUUAAUUUAUUUGGGAUGAUUGAUUUAGGAUUCAUUGGAAAUCCUUUUACUUGGUCCAACCAUCGGGAUGGCCAUCAACUUAUUCGUCAACGUCUGGAUCGCGGUAUGGCUUCCUCCCAGUGGAUCCAUCUAUUUCCCUCUUUCUCCAUUUUACAUCUUCCGGCUUCGGGAUCUGAUCAUAAUCCUCUCCUAUUGGAAACAGUCCAUUCAGACAAAACCUUGUCAAGACCUUUUAAAUUUGAGGAAUUUUGGGUCCAUCAUCCAGACUGCUACUCAACUAUUUCUCGGGCCUGGUCUUCAUAUUUUUUUGGCUCCCCUGGAUUCAUCUUAAAUCAGAAAUUACGCUCUACUAAAUUAGCUCUAAAGCUUUGGAAUCGAUUAUCUUUUGGCAAUAUUCAGCAUCAGAUUCAUUCCUUGACUUCUCAGUUGGAUGAGUUACAGAAAUCAAUUGCCUUUUCUUCUUUUUCGUCUCAGGAAUGGGGCCUACGGAAGGCUAUAGAUGAUUUGAGGAAACAUGAGGAAACUCUGUGGAGGUCUAAAUCCCGCGAGCAGUGGCUCACAUGUAAAGACUUAAAUACGAAAUUUUUCCAUCUCUCUACGCUUAUUAAGCGUCGUAGAAUUGCUAUAGAUUUUCUGAAAUUAUCUAGUGGAGCCUGGAUUUCUGAUCGUCAGGCUAUUGGGACCACUUUCUGUGCUCACUUUGCUGAGCUUUUUACAACCUCCAAUCCAGAUUUCCCAGAUGAGUUACUUAAUCUUUUUGAUACUGUUAUUUCUGCUGAAGAUAACUUGUUCAUCUGUUCCAUUCCAUCUGAAGUAGAAGUCCAUGAUUCUGUGUUUAGUAUUGGGGCUACUAAAUCUCCUGGGCCGGAUGGGUUUACAGGAGUUUUUUAUCAAAUGUAUUGGACACUCGUUAAACCGGUGGUUCUAGGGGUUUGCGUCAGGGCUACUUCCUCUGAUGCAAACUCCAUUUCUGCCUGUCUCCAAAAAUAUUGCAGUUGGUCAGGACAAAAAGUCAAUUCAGGAAAAUCAUCAAUUCUCUUUAGCAAGAAUACAUCUUCUGCCAGUAUUUCAAGUAUAUUGGGAAUUAUUCCUUUUAAAUUGUCAUCUUCUAGCCCUUUCCAUUUGGGUCUACCAUUGUUUUUUGGAGCUUCUCGUAAGGAGGCUUUUCAGCCUCUCCUAGAUAAAGUUCUGUCUAAAUUGAAUGGUUGGAGGGCAAAGACCCUUUCUCAGGCUGGGCGAACGGUACUCAUUAAAUCUACGGCUUCGGCUAUUCCUGCUUAUGCUAUGAGCACAUUCCUAUUGCCUUCUUCCUUUUGUAAUAUACUGGAUCGUCGGUUCAAGGAUUUUUGGUGGGGAUUUCCACCGGAAAAGGCCCGUAAUCUCUGUCUCAAAUCUUGGGACUCUAUUUGUCUUCCAAGGAAACAAGGUGGUCUUGGGUUACGGAAGAUGUCUACUAUAAAUUUGGCACUUAUUACUAAGCUGGGAUGGAAGUUUCUGCACUCUAAUUCUUUAUGGGUCGAACACUUGCAGAAAAAAUAUAUUCACUAUGGCUCAUUCUUCACUACUUCCACUGCUACUACUGCUUCUUGGAUUUGGAAAGGUCUUCAGAGAUGUAAAAGAUUUCUUAUUGCUGGGUCUUGUCUGAAUGUUUCAGUAAAUAGUGCAGACUGUAUUUGGACAACAUCCUGGGUUCCAUCCCUUCCAUCCUACCGGCCUUCUCCCCGUAGUCCAAAUUCAAGAUUUCUUCCCCCUUUGUCUAUCUCUGACCUGAUUAUGCCAGGAACUCGUCUUUGGACUAAGCGUCUGCUUUCAGUUCUAUUUGAACCUUUCUCGGCUGUGGCAGUUGGGGAAUUACCGAUCAUGGCAGCUUCUGAUAAGAGCUAUCUCUGGACUUCUUCUUGUUCUGGGCGAUUCUCCACUUCAAUGGCCUAUCUUUCAAUCUUGAAUAAUGAUUUUACUGGGUCACAUCUAUGUCCUUUGUCUACUUUUUGGAGAGAUAUCUGGAAACUCCAACUAACGGAUCGUCUUAGAAUAUUUAUAUGGAAGAUAGCUUGGAAUAUUUUGCCAACUACUCAGCGGUUACAGUCAAUCAUUCCUACAUAUCAUCCUGAUGCUUCUUGUCCGCUCUGCAAAUCUGGUCAGGACUCCAUUAGGCAUCUUUUCUUUCACUGUCACUUUGCUAGAGUAGUUUGGCGUCUUUCACCUUGGCCGCUUGAUUCAACCACUUUCGAUUCUCCUGAUCUACUUAACUGGGUACGAGUUAUUUUAUACCCUGAUGUUUUGCUCAAUAUUCCUUUCUUGGAGAAGCAUCGGUUUCAGGUCUUUGCAGCGGUUACUUGUGACCUUCUUUGGUUCCAUCGAAAUAAAGCCUAUCAUGAUGGGCUGAUCUUUGAUGCUCGUUCCAUUGCCAAUCUUAUUUGUAUUUCCUACCAUCAACAUUGUGAUGCUUGGUCUGCUAAGUUAUUUCCUAAACCGGAAAAAUGGAUUCGGCCUCCGUUACAUUGGUAUAAAAUCAACUUUGAUACUGCUAUACGUGCCUCCUUUUCCUGUCAAGCAGCUAUUUGUCGAGAUAAUAAAGGGAAGUUAAUCAAGGCGGCUACUCGAAUCCAGGCUGCAUGUUCAUCUAAUAAAGGCGAGGCUUUAGCUGCACAACUCGUUGUUUCUCUAGCAUCAUCCCUUCGCCUUGACCGGUUUAUCAUUGAAGGUGAUUCUCAAAUUGUAAUCCAUGCUCUACAACAGCCAAAUAUUGUUCAAGAUUGGCGUAUCACUGACAUCAUCCAACAAACACUAGACUUGUUCCCUCCUGAUUCGACUUGGUCAUUUCGGAAAGUCAAUAGAAGUGCAAACUUCGGUGCCCACUAUGUGGCACAUUGGGCCGCAGCUCGAUUCCAGUCAAGCAGCAUUCCCACAUCCUCAUCAGCCAUCUCUUCCGCUACUAAUCAGAUUUUUGCUCUUGCUAAUAAUGCUGCAUUUUGCACUUUGAAUUACAUGGUGCUGACCUGCUUAAUGCCAAAGGAGAGAAAUGGGAAGAAUCAAGAAUACCACCAUGGUGCUGACCUACUUAAUGCCAAACAGCCCGAGUCCUUCAACAAUGGGAAGAAUUAG